CGCCGAGCGGAAUGGAAGCAGCGGCUUCAGUCGGCCGCGGACCUUUGCCGUAGAACGGUCUCUACAUCCGGAUAGUCUGGGCACCCCAUCGAUCGCGAUAAAGUACUUCGAGUCCCGACGUGAGCAAGAGUGGCAAAAUCAUAUCAAUCGAUUUUUUUUUGUCACACGGUUUCGCGAAUUCGCGAAGCGGUGAUUGCCAAUGUGUGAAAUCGGAAGCGAGACGAGGUUCAAGGAACGAGAAUGAGGACGAUCUUGCACGCGUAUCGCGACUUCUGUAUCGAGUACUCCGGCGAGUAAACGACGUGUGUGGGAUAUAGUCAUGUGGAAGUGCUGGAUCCUGUUUCUGUGCGUCGCAGGUUUAUCCUCGGCAAUUUUGGACUCGCCGAACCAUGGCAUUAGCUCCUUGCCGACCAAUCAAUCGACGACAGUGCGACAAUACGAACCGGUAAGACGGUUCGCGUGUCCCGUGGGAUUCUUCCGAUUGAAGCGAUUUUGUUACUACUUGAGCGCCGGCACAGCACCAUGGAGGGACGCGUACUUUCAUUGCAAGGACAGAAACGCCACCCUGGCUAUACUGGACAGAAAUGGAAAGGACAAGAUACUGAGGAAGUACUUGAUGGGGGAGCAGUUCACAAAAUUGGAGCGAUGGAUCGGCGGAAUUUUCAACUGGCAGCAGAUGGCUUGGGAAUGGGGCGUGACGGGUGAGAAGAUGGUUUUCCAGAGUUUCGGGAAAAUGGAACCGGGGAAAUCCGAGAAGUACGCGUGGCACUGUAUUAUAAUGGAUCCCGCAUUGAAAUACAAGUGGAGUGCGCGGAGCUGCGUCGAACGGAAGCAUUAUAUAUGCGAAGUGCCCGCCGGUCGCUUAGUCAGAAGACGCAAGAAAUCGGACCCUUUCGCGCCGCAAAACCAAAGAUUGAAGCCCAGGAAAAAGGGCAAGAAAUACUUAGACGAACAAAGAAAAUUAAAUGAAAGAAAAAAUAGUCGAGGAAAUUGGAAGAGAAAUUGGGCGGACCAAGGGGAGAACCAACAAUGGGCCAACGGUGUUAAACUAGGAUCGCGGCCACCUUCUAAAAACAAGAUGACGCAGUCCAGAGAGCGUACGCGACAUCGUGCGAACAGAACUCAUUUGCAACCAGCUGUGCCGAGGGUUGCUCAAAUAUUGUCCUCAGGGCAGGAGUACGGCGCUUUUCUGGGCGAUGGACCAAACAACCGUCGGCCGCAGAGCUUGGCGGAUAUGAAUAAUGUUCUCUCGCAGUUCCACAGUAAAAUAAACGAUUUCGCGCGGGAGGAGGUUUUAUUGAAACCGUAAGAAAGAAACUUUAAAUGUCGCAUCAACAGUUACGCGGUUGCAGCCUUGCUAUAUAACUCUGUUAUACACAAUAUACGUCACUGCGAAAAUUAUAAAGCAUGAGCUUUUGCUACAACGAUACUAUCGAAUCGCCGAAGCUCUGUCGCAGCCAUUUUACCGUAAUAUAUAAUUAUAAUUGCAAUUAUAAAAAUUAAUAUUGCAGAAAAUCGUAAAGAAUCUGUCGUGGCCAAAAUUAAUCACAAAAUGAAUUCUUAUAAAGUUCCUCUAUUUAAAUGUUUGCGAAAAUUUGGAAGAUAUAUUGAUUAAUCAGUAGAUUAGGUAUCGAUUGUGAAACUGAUAGAUAAUGCUCGUAAUAUUUAAAUAGCCCAUCGCAAAAUGCGGCACUAUUUCUGCCAUUUGUCUAAAUAUUCUCUGUGUAUUUAUCGCAAAGCAUGUAAAUUACUUAUCGUCUCUCUAUCUUUUCGAAGCUAGUUCCAUUUCGCAAAGCAAUGUCUUACGCAAUUAAUAGAUUGUAAUGUGUGAGUAAUUUUUAUAUUGAUUAAAAAUCUUAAGUUGUCAAUGCUUGUCGCUGCACGGCGUUACACGAAUUAAAUAAAUCACCAUAAUCCAUCACUUAAUGAUUAAUUAAAAUGUAUUCAGCGAUAUCAGUUUACGUUAAUCAUAGCGCAUAGUUUUUAUAAAUAAAUUGCAGGCAGAUAGAGUGAGUCAGAAAGCAAGAUAAAGGUCGUAUCUUUAUUUUUUGAUCCACUCUUAUGUUCGUUAUUUUUUCACCGCUUUGUGUCUGUAAAUAUGUUAAUGUAAGACCAUCGAUGUACUCCCUACAUUUAACAAUGUAUAUUAAUAAAAUACUGAGAUGUGAAUUUU